AUGACAAGCGCUGGUCUUGUUCCCAACUUCAGCUACCCUAUUGCUGGAAGUGCGUUUCAUGAUCGACUUCAUACUGAGCAGACGCCUCCAUCGCAGUCACUAGAGGAUAUUAGGGGGAGUGAAGAGCAGGAGCAGCCGCUGACAAAUGGUGUUAGUUCUGGACAUCACAGCGAUUCAAGUUCAAGCCGCACUCUCUAUCGCUCUCCCACGCCCGAUAACUGGCCAUUACGAGGAGGCAACGACGAGAGCCCAGCUCUACUAACGAACGGUGUACAUCCAGGCUACUAUCCCCCAUCAAGCUCUGGCGGGGACUCCAGUAAUCCUGCCCUCCACUAUCCACCUGCGCUUCCGGACAACGUGCCAGAACACGUCUUCAACCUCCUCUGUUCGCUACUAACACCGUCCGAGCUCGCCCUCCACUACGACGUCGUCCAAGACUCAGCACCUCCGCAUUUGCCACCAUUCCCUGCACUUGUGCCACCCAGUAAUGCCGCGUCAGAUAUUCCAAUAGUAGUGCGUCUUGUCCAAAGGUUACAUGCUGCUGUCUACGGUCUCCAAGAUCGCGUCUGGGGUCUAGAAGAAGAUCUCAUUCCACAGCUCAGCACGCAGCUCGAAGAGAACCACCUCCAGAUCAGAGAACUCGAUCGAGAAAACAGCAGUUUACAAGAUGAGAUCACCGAGCUAAAGCGCAUAGCAGAUUUCAGCACCAAAGUUUUGACUGGAUGUUGGGAGCGCGAAUGGGAGGUUUGGCGCACACUCCUCGAUAUCCAGAGACGGCGCGAAAUGUACCGUAGUCCUUUGGCAUGCAUCUUCUCGCGCACCCCGACUCCCAGUGUUCAAGACGAUGGGCUUUUAGAAUUCCGUAAGCCAGAAGGCUAUGUCGCCCCGCCUCUGCCGACUGGAAAAGUAACGCAGGGCUCUCUUAAGAAGAAGGAACUCGAUGCUCUUCUGCUGAUGGCAAAACAGAACGUCACUAUACUCAUUGAGGAUCUGGGAGAGUUGAAGGGGUUGGCGGAGGCGUAUGACAGGAGGAAUGAGACAGAGGGGGAGCCACUUGCCAUGGCUGAGGUUGUUGGUACAGUUGCAUCAGUCGCUCAGCUUGUCCAACUGAGCGGUGCCCUACUCGCUGGCGGCUACAACUUCCUAUCGAAGGUCGCGCGAGCGCCCAGCGAGAUCCGGAGUCUCCUGACGGAAACCGCGGCCGUCAACAGUCUUCUUGCGCAAAUUCAGCAAAUCGCAGAUACGUCGCCCAAAGCGACUGCCGACGAUGCACUGCAGGCUCUUGAACGGGUUGGUGUCUUUCAAGAAUGUCAGUCCACGCUCAAGUCGAUCGAGCGGGCGCUGGCAAAAUGCGAGCAGGUCAAUGGUCGAGAUGCGAAGAAUUUCGGGAGGAAAUUGAUGUGGCCGUUCAAAGAGAAGGAGACCAAAGAUGCCCUGCAGAGACUUCAUCACAUGCGCGGAUUACUUGCGAAUGCUAUCGAGGCCAACUCUGCAUCCGCGAUUCGGCGCAUCGAAACGGGACAAGGCCUAAUCUCAGACGAGGUGAAAAAUGUGUCUGAGCAGAUCCGUGCGCAGAUGAGCCGUGAGGAAGCACAGAAGGUAAUGACGUGGGUCUGUCCAACGCCAUCCGAUGGUGCGCACGCAAGUCUUGCAAGCGCUUUGAGUCGCCAUAUUCCUGGGACCGGAGAAUGGCUCUUGCAAUUCAAAGAGUUUCAAGAUUGGAAAGACUCAGAUGAUGGCACCAUAUGGAUAACUGGUCUUCCUGGAGCAGGCAAAACGCUUCUCUGCGCUUCUAUUAUUCGCCAUGUUCAACAGCUGUGCACGGAUACCACUACGAUUGUGUACUUCUUCUGCGAUCAUCGCGAUCACGCGAAAAUGACGCACGACAACUUCGCUUCGACUGUUGCGAGGCAAAUAAUGGAAGCUUCACCUUUAUGUCUCGAGGAAGGCAGAUCACUGUACAACGAGAAGUCUAGGGAAGGUAGUCGCCCCUUUCAAAGCGACGAUUACUUGUCACUGAUCUGCUCAUCUUUGGCACAUCUAAAGGAUGUUUUCAUCCUUCUGGACGCGCUCGAUGAGUCCACUGAGGGGGAUAGCAUAGCCCGAAGUCUUGCGAGAAUUCACGAGUCCCAGAAGGGCGCAGGGUGCCGCAUCAGGAUUCUAUUGACGAGCCGAUUCGAUGCCCUUAUUCAGGGACGAUAUCCCAACCUUGCCACGACACAUGUCAUUCUUGCAGAGAACAUGCGUCCCGACAUCCAGCAUUACGUUGCGGAAGAACUUCAAGCGCGCGUCGCAAAAGGUGUGCUCAAAGUCAGGAACAAAGACAUUUUGACCUCAAUACGACAACAGGUCGUCCUCCGUGCGGGCACCACUUUUGUGCAAUAUCGCGACGCGGUACCCAACAAGGAUUGA